CCCGGUUCUCUCUCUUCACCUCCAGCUGUUUGUUGAGAUGAGGGGUUAGAGCUGGACACGUCCGGGACACAAUGGAUUUAUGUCUGGAGGCUCCAGGACGGAGGAGUUGCUUGCGAGGAACAGCAGCAACAGGUCUGUGAGGAUGGAACGAUCAUGACGGUAACAUGCAGGCUCCUGGGCGCCUGACCCUAUCGGAUGAAAGAUGAGGCGCCUAGAUGUUGGUUUACCAUGCUUAGUGUCCACUACAACCACUCCCUUGCUGCCAUGAGCGGAAACGACAUGAUGGCGCACUCGCUGACUCUGGAGCAGAAGACAGCCUUUGCCUUCGUGGGGAUGCUCCUGGUGUUCCUGGGGCUGCUGAUAGUCAGAUGUUUCCGGAUCCUGCUGGACCCCUACAGCAGCAUGCCCUCCUCCAACUGGGCCGACGGCAUCGAGGGGCUGGAGAAAGGGACGUUUGAGUACGCCCUCACUUAACACAGAAAUGCCUAUAGACACACACACAUAUGCAUACUCACGGACACAAAUAGCGCUUGCUUGCACACAUGCAAACACAAGUAAGCUGCAGCUCCACACAACCAUUGCUCCUGACUCCGAAGCACCAUCAAGACAUGUCUCUGCGACAGACUGAAGCUGUUUGUGUUGUUCCAUGUGUGUGCGUUGUUAGUUCAGAGCCAGUGUGUGAGUCUCUUGACUGUACAUGGCUACGUGUGUGUUGUGUGCGUGUGUGUGUCUGACCGAAGUGUGCGAAAGAUGCUGUGCAUACUCUCUGUCUAGCUGCCAGGUUGGUGAGCAUUUCAGAUCAUGGAUUAGCACGGAAAUGGCUGGAGGCCUCUUUAACCCAUGCCCCCAA